UAAGGCGUUGGUAUUGUAAAACUGGAUUUGGUCGCGAACCCAACUGGAGAGUGUUCUCCAGGCAUUUAUUCAGUCGGCUUUGGGUAGCCGGAUGGUGAGCAUCUCUCGAAAAAAAAACAGUCGUACAGAACAACCUAGCUAACAAGAUGAGACAAAAGUGCGCGGAAGUUGUUUUCGUUGUCAGUUUGUGUCUUGCAUUGGCUUUUGCACAAAUCCAGUUUGGCGGUAACACGAGAAACUCUGGAUUUACCAACCAAAAUGGAAGGCAAUCCUCCAAUUCCGUUGGUGGUGGAAGAGGGAGAUGUUCUACUGUUAGCGGUCCCAACCCAGGAAAACCUUGUAUCUUUCCUUUCACAUAUCAAGGGGUGACUUACAAGGGGUGUCCCAUUGAUCCCGAAGAUAGUUCUAAGAGAUGGUGUUCCACUCGAACGGAUCGAAGUGGAAAUCACGUCACGGGACAAGGCGAAUAUGGCCAUUGUGAUCAAUCGUGUCCAAUCCAUAGGUCCCAGAGCAACAAUAAAAGAAGACCCGGCUCUGCACCCAGAUCUGAAGGCUGUGCUGGAUCCGAAACUUGCCAUGCCAUUUCCGCGUGUGCUCUUCGAUACAGAGUGGGCGAAUUAUUGUCCAAAGCUUGUGUUCAAUCGAAUGGUGCCGCUGGAUUAUGUUGUAAUGAUGUGACAAGCAAUCGAAACAUUGCUAUCCCCAGAUUAGCGGAGGUUGUAUCCUUGAGGGGUGUAAGCAACGAAAUCAUUCCUAAUGGAGAGACUCGGCGAGUCCUAGACAUUGGAGAGAGCUUCUUCUCGAAUGUUACGAGGUCGUAUCCCAGGAACGUGUUACCCAGAAACAGUGGGACGUUUACCCAUACAAGGCUUCAAAAGCCCAAGAAGGGCACGCAAAGACUCCAGAGAUUGGCGGUAAUUGCUAUGGAAGCGGCUAGAUCACUUCGGAAUGGAGGGAAGGUCCAACCGAAUACCAUUGCUGUGCGGGGAGCCGACACUCGUAAUACGGUUCUCGAGGACUGCUACGAUCCGAUCACUUGCGAUCAGUCUAUGAGGUAUCGAACAAUCGAUGGGUCAUGCAAUAACCUUCGAAACCCGUUGCAGGGGAGAGAAUUUACACCUCUCAACCGCAUUUUGGACAAUGCAUAUUCCGAUCACAUGAACUUGCCUCGAUUGAGCUCCACAGGCUCCGUUCUCACGUCUGCUCGAAUUGUCUCAACUGCCACCAACCCCAACUCAAACCAGCUAACAUCUUCAGCUCAAAAUACGGCUCUCUUCAUGAGUUUUGGACAAUUCCUGGAUCAUGAUCUCUCGCAUGUGCCCAUUCAGGUCAACGAUGGUGGAGCAGGAAUCAAUUGUUGUACCGAAGAUGGCCAAUUUGCAGAUGACGCUGAAGUGUCGUGUUUUCCCAUCAAACUUCCAGCCAAUGAUCAAACGUUUGGGGGACAAAGUUGCAUGAACUUUGUACGAUCUCAAAGUUCACCUAAUUUUGAAUGUGUCCCAGGGGCAACUGAGCAGAUGAACCAAAUCACUCAUUGGCUGGACUCGUCUAAUGUGUAUGGAUCAAAUGAGGAAGAGGCCGAUCGUUUGAGAAGCAAAGUUAAUGGCUUACUCAAGACCGAUUUUGAUCCCAGCGGCAAGGAGUUGCUUCCCACCAAUGAGAACGAAAGCGAUUGCAAAGGAGACAAGAAGUGUUUCUUAGCAGGCGAUGCCAGAGUAAAUGAACAACCCAAUUUGGUGGUCAUGCACACCAUAUUCGUCCGAGAACACAACCGCGUGGCCAGAAUAUUGAAGUCCAUCAAUCCACAAUGGAAUGACGAAGUCGUGUACCAGGAAGCCAAACGUGUGGUCAAUGCCGAGUGGCAACACGUGGUCUACAAUGAGUACCUCCCAAUCCUUUUGGGGUCGCAGUUCAUGGAAGUGUUCGGGAUCCUACCUUUGAACGGCGUACAUAGCACGGAUUAUCGUAAUGAUUUCGAUGCCCGAAUCACGAAUGAGUUUGCCAGUGCUGCUUUCCGAGUUGGACAUACUAUGAUUCCCUCCUUGGUUAAACUUUUAACCGCCAGACGGCGCCAGGGGAGCGAUUCAAAUGGACUAAGCAGAUUUUUCUUCAACGUGGACACAAUUCGAGAGGGGAAAAUUGACGAUCACAUUCGAAGCAUCAUAAGUGAACCCAUUGAGGAGGUGGACAAUAAGUUCACGCCCGAGGUCACAGAGCGACUUUUUGAUGGAGCCCUCAACGGAAUGGACCUGGUGGCCCUGAACAUUCAAAGAGCCCGGGAUCAUGGAAUUCCCAGCUAUGUGUCUUAUAGGCGGAUUUGCUUGGUGGGGAAUGCGCGGACUUUUGACGAUCUCAGCAAUGUCAUUUCCCGAGAAAAUAUUGAACUGCUGAAGAGAGUCUAUGAUCGUGUGGAGGAUAUCGACCUUUUCGUUGGCAUGAGCAUGGAAAGGCCUCACACGAGUGGGGCUCUGGUGGGCGAGACCUUCUUGUGCUUGAUUGGAGACCAAUUUGCUCGUCUCAAAAAGGGGGAUAGGUUCUUCUAUGAUCUCAAGGAUCAGUCGGGCAGCUUCACUCUGGACCAAUUGGAAGAAAUCAGGAAGACUUCAAUGGCUAGAUUGCUUUGCGACAAUUCCGACGAUUUGAAGGAAAUUCAACCCUUGGCCUUCAGAAUCCCACUUGGAUCCACCAACCAACCAACAAGUUGCAAUGAUUUUCGCACCAUUCCAUCAAUAGAUUUCAGUCCUUGGCGGCAGUAACCCAAACUGGUUCUUUUUUUUGUAAAUUUAAAUUAAGAUAAUGUGAAGCAAAAAUAAAGCUAAUUCUCAACCGUC